CACGCGGGGGGCGCGGCCCCCGACACGUCCGUCAUGAACCUGAUCUCGGCGCUGGAGUCGCGGGGACCCCAGCCCGGCCCCUCGGCCUCGUCCCUGCUGUCCCAGUUCCGCACCCCGUCCUGGCAGACUGCCAUGCACACUCCAGCCCCGGCCGAGCUGUUCAUCUCGGGAGCCCUGCCGGGCUCGGGCACCUUCCCGUCCUCGUCGGCGCUGGGCCCGUACCAGCACCCCGCGUCCUUCGGGGGCCGCAGCUUCCCGGUGGGCUCCCCGCUCAGCCUGCCCGAGGCCGCCUUCAGCCCCGGCUCCAACGGGCUGCUGUCGCCGCACGACCCUCUGCUGCACAUCAAACCCGCGCAGCCCGCCGUGCCGUCCUCGCUGGGCUUCGACCGCUUGGGCUCGGCCGUGCUAGGCUCGGCUUUACCGGCUCAGACGCCGCCUUACCGCCCGGCUCCCAGCUCGUCCCAGUUUAACCUGCUGUCGGCUCCGCUGCCCGCGCCGGCCGAGCAGCCGCCGCAGCUCUACAACGCUCCCGUGUUCGGCGGGGCCAACGCGGCGGGAGGAGGAGGAGGAGGAGGAGGAGGCGGCGGCGAUCGCGCCAUAUCGCGACAGGACAGCGUCAUCAAGCACUACCAGCGGCCCGGCGCGGCUCAGCCGCAGCUGCCGCCCGCUCCCAGCCUGCAGCAUUACCUGAGCUGCGGCGGCUCCUACCAGCAGGUUCACCGAGCCCCCGCGCUCUCCUGCAGCCCGCUGGGCGAGCAGUCGCCCGCCAGCUCCGAGGGCUCGCAGCAAGCCCCUAAGAACGCGCCGCCAGCGCCUCGGCCCGAGCCGGGCUACCGGCCCAUCAUUCAGUCGCCGGGCUACUCCGGGGGCAGCGCGGCGGGCAACGGCGGCGCGGGCGGCGGCGGCGGCGGCAAGUCCAAAAGUUACUCGGCGUCCCGGCAACCGCCGCGCUCCACCAACACGCCCAAGUGCCAGAGCAGCUACACGCCCAGCACGCCCAAGCCCAGCUCCGUGAUCGCCAGCCAGUCGCCCGCCUACUCGCCGGGCCAGCCGCCGCAGAGUUUGCUGGCCAUGGGGGGAGCCGGCGGCUACAGCGCGGCCGGAGCGCCCCAGAGUCUGGGAGGGGGCGCGCAGCCCGCGGGGGGCUUCAGCGGAGGGCAAGGGGGGGACAUGGCGGGCAAAGCCACCGGCUACCAAGGCGGGGGGCAAGCGGGAGGCCAAGGCGGGCUACAGCCGUGCGUCAGCGGCGCGGGCACCUACUCGCCCGAGCAGCUGCAGGCGUUGCCCUACGGCGUGCAGCCCGAGGGAGGGCAAGCCGGCGGCUACGGCCCGCCCGCCCCCUCGCAGGGCUUGCCCACGGCCAGCCCCUCGCUCACCUACAGCACCGGCCACUCGCCCGCCAUGCCCGGGCCGCCCUUGCCCUACGCCGGCCUGGGCGGCUCCAGCCCCUCGCCCAUCAUCCGCCCGCUGCAGUCGCCGCCGGCCGCUCGCCCGCAGAGCGGCGCCUCGCCGGGCCAGUCGCAGAAGUACCUGGGCUCGGUGUUGUCGCCGUCGUUCAUGAGCCCGCAGGGCUACGGGGCGGCUCCGGGCGGGCUGGAGCGGCAGGCGCCCCCCGCCUCCGCCGGGGCCCCGCCGAGCUUUGGCAAAGGAGCCAAGGGGGACGCGGAGCUGCUGGCGGCGGAGCGCAGCGAAGACGAGGAUUUCCUGAUCCAGCACCUGCUGCAGGCGCCCAGCCCGCCCCGCGAGGGGCUGGGGGGCUGCGAGGAGCGCCCCAAGAGCAUGGCCGGCUACGGGGGGCCACUGGGCAAGGAGGAGCGCUACCAGCUGCAGAGCGUCAUCCGGCCCAACUCCAACCUGGAGGCGCCGCUGGAGCUGGCGCUGCUCAAGGAGAAGAAGAAGCCGGAGCGAGGGAAGGAGUUCCGGGGAGCCGGCGGGGCCGGGGCCGGCUCCGGGGGCGAGGGGCUAGCGGCCACCUCGGUGGUGCAUUACGGCCACCAGCCGCCGCCCACGCUGGACUCGUACGAGAUGAAGAAGCCGCCCGAGCACCUGUCCGGCGGCAAGGAGCUGGGCCAGCCGCCGCCGCCGCACUCCUACUUGCCCAAGACCCCCGAGCACGGGCGGCUGGUGGGCGAGGGGCCGGCGCUGGAAGCCCACAACCUCCUGCUGGACCCUGCCCCGGAGCUGGGGGGCUCGCUGCUGCCCUCGGUGCUCACGCACACGCAGAGCCAGCUGCACCCGCGGCCCAAGGGCAGAGCCCCGCUGGACGUUCACCUGCUGGAGCAGCAGCGGAUGCUGCUGCUCGAAGCUCACCUGCACCAGGUGCGCUCGCAAGGGCUGGACCCGCAGGCCCCGCCGCCGCUGCCCCCGGACUCCAUGGAGGUGCUGCCCCCUCCCCAGGAGAUCCAGGAUUUCCUGGAGCCCCCCCUGGGCUUGGAACCGCACCUGGGGCAGAGCGCGGGGGUGCAGGGCCCACCUGGACACCUGCUGGACCCCGAGGGGGGGGUCCCCGCCGUGCCCCCCGAAGCCAAGGACCAGUUUUCGGAAGGGGGCAGCCCCGCGGGGGGCAAGGGGCGAUUCGUGCCCCUCACCUCCAUCUGCUUCCCGGACGCGCUGCUGCAGGACGAGGACCGCGGCUUCUUCCCCGGCAUGGAGGACAUGUUCGGGCCCCCGCCCGAGGAUUUCCCCAAGCCCACCGAGGAGGAGGAGGAGGACGGCAGCGCGGCCGGCAGCGGGCUGGAGGCGCGGGCCGAAGGCCUGAAACCCCCUCCCCCGUACGACAUGGGGCAGAGCUACCCGUCCUUCUGCCCGCAGGACGGAGGGGCCGCAGGGGACCCCCCCCAGAUGGGGCUGGAGCCCCCCAAGCACGAGCUGCCCUCCACGGUGAACGCGGAGCCGCUGGGCUUGAUCCAGAGCACGGGCGGCGAGGGCGGCCCCAAGGCCCCUCCGCCUCUCAGCACCCCUUUGUUCUGCUCCUCCAAACCCAAAAAGCUGCUCAAAACCUCCUCCUUCCACCUGCUGCGGAAGCGGGACCCCUUCCCACCGCCCAAAAAAACCUACGCGCAGGAAUACGAGUUCGAGGACGACGAGGACAAGGCCGACGUGCCCGCCGACAUCCGCCUCAACUCGCGGCGCCUGCCCGACCUCCUGCCCGACCUCAUCUCCAGCUGCCGCCGGCCCCCGCUCACCCCCAUGGGCGACAUCGACUUCUGCCCCCACCCCGGCGCCCACCCGGCUCCCAAGAAGCGAGGCCGCAAACCCACCAAGCCCAAGCGGGAGGGGCCGCCCAGGCCCCGGGGCAGGCCCAGGAUCCGGCCCCUGGAGCCGCCCGGCUUCCCCGACGGAGCCAAGAGGCCGCGGGGCAGGGGGAGAGGACGGGGCAAGAAGGGCGCCGAGGACGGAGAGGGCGUGGAGCCGCUCAAGCCGCUCAAGGUGAGCGGGCUGCGGGGUGUGGGGCUUAAACGGGACCGAAAUGAGCCGAAAUUACCUGAAAUUUGGGUUAUUAGUGAGAUGGAGGGUGUCAGGGUGAGCGGGCUGCGGGGUGUGGGGCUUAAACGGGACCGAAAUGAGCCGAAAUUACCUGAAAUUUGGGUUAUUAGUGAGAUGGAGGGUGUCAAGGACCCCUCCCAGAGCCGCAUGAAGCAGAAGCUGCGCGAGGUGGAGGAGAAGCAGCCCGAGAUGAAGUCGGGCUUCAUGGCCUCCUUCCUGGACUUCCUCAAAUCCGGCAAACGCCAGCCCCUCCCCCCGAGCCCUUCCAAGCCCCCCAAGCUCGGGGGGGCCCCCAAUUUCCCCCCGGCGGUGCUGGGGGGGUCCCUGGAGGGGGGGGACGGCGAGGGGCUGGUGAUGGCGUGUCCUUCGCCCUGCAAGCGCCUGGACGAGGAGCUCAAGAGGAACCUGGAGACGCUGCCCUCGUUCUCGUCCGACGAGGAGGACUCGGUGAGCAAGAACCAGGACCUGCAGAAGAGCAUCAGCUCGGCCAUCUCGGCCCUGGACGAGCCCCCCGAGCGCAGGGAGCCCGAGCCGCACGGUGAGACACCUGCCAGGACCUGGGGGGAGCCGCUGGGGGGCACAGGGAGCUGCCAGGACCUGUUUGAGGGGCUGGCGCUGCAGACGGGCCGGGAGCCCCCCCCGAUCUGGAGGGUGCAGAAGGCGCUGCUGCAAAAAUUCACCCCCGAAAUCAAGGACGGGCAGCGGCAGUUCUGUGCCACCAGCAACGUGAGUGGGAAGCGGGCCCCGCCGGGGCGGGUGCUGAACACGAGGGCCAUGAAGGAGAUGUACCGCAGCUACGUGGAGAUGCUGGUCAGCACCGCCCUGGACCCCGACAUGAUCCAGGCCCUGGAGGACACCAAUGCCCCGGUGGCCCCGUUAGCCCCAUUAGCCCCGGUGGCCCCAAUAGCCCCGCUGGCCCUGGUGGCCCCAAUACCCCCGGUGGCCCCGACCACGGCCAUCGAGGGCCGUGCCGAGGACCUGGGCCAGGAGGAGGUGGUGCAGCGCUGCAUGCGCAACCAGCCCUGGCUCGAGCGCCUCUUCGACUCCUUCAGCGACCUGCUGGCCCAGGCACGGGCCAAGUGCGCCUGA